AUGGAGGAGCACGUCGUCGCCGUCGCCACGCCGCGCGCGGACGGGGAAGCGGAGUCCAUGUUCCUGCCGUUCCUGGCGAUGUUCGCGUCCAUCUACCUCGUCGGCUACUUCAUCGUCUUCCGUGGCUGGGGGCCGCCGCGGCGGCGCCGCGCCGAGGCCGCCAGCUGCUUCACCUCACUCUUCCACGGCACGCCCACCGCACUGCUCGCCCUCCGCGCCGUGCUGCUGUCCCGCUACCACGCCGCCAGCGGCAGCGGCACCACCCACAGCCUCCUCGCGCUCCCGGUGGCGGCAGCGGCGGCGCCCAAUGCGGCCGCCGAGGACCUGGUGCUUGACUUCAGCACGGCCUACUUCGCCGUGGACCUCGCGCACUACCUCCUGCUGCUGCGGGACGAGGCCCUGUUCAUCGCGCACCACCUCGCCACGCUCUACGUCCUCGCCACCUGCCGCCACGCCGCCGCCCCGCUGCUGCCGCUGGUGGUGCUCCAGGAAGCCACGAGCGCCGCGCAGAACGCGUGGACGCUCGCCGCCAUGCGCCGGCACGACUCGCCGCUGGCCGCCAGGCUCUCGCUGCCGUUCUACGCCGCGUACACGGUCGCCAGGGCCGUCCUCGGGCCGGCCUGGUUCGUCAGGAUGGUCGGCGUCUUCUACGCGUCCUCCAGCGGCGGAGGCGGCCGCGUGGGCGUGGGCGUCGUGGACGGUCGUCAUCGGCGCCGGGAUAGCGAUGAGCAUCCUGUGGGUGGCCAACCAGUGGCUGGCGUACUUCAGGGAAAGGAAAACGGAAAGCAAGCAGCAAUGAUCAUUUCUGCAGCAUUGUUUCCGUUCACUCAUAUCGCUGUCCGGAGCAAAUUCAGUUCGUGUUUUUGUUAG